UUCAAAGUUAAAAAAAUACAAAGAAAUAAAAAAAACAAUAAAUAAAAAUGGAUAAAAGUGCAAUUUUUGGGAUAUUAGCUGUUUUGUUGUGCGUUUGUGCAACAAUGAGCUUUGCUAGCCCAACACCUGAUGAGGAACAUUAUUUCGAUAAAGAGGACGUAAAAGAGCUUGCUGCUUGGUUAUCAACCCUCGGACGACCAAUGUACAACAAUUACAACCAUCUCCCGCCUUGCCGCCCAUAUUACAUGGAUACGCAAUACUUGAGUGCCCCAAUGCCGAAACGCAACUCGGAGCUAAUCAACUCUCUCCUCAGUCUCCCAAAGACCAUGAGCGAUGCUGGAAAGUAAAUUCCAAUAAAAAAAAAAUACUAAAAAAAAUGUAAAAAGUUAGGCUGGCAGUUUAUUGAUAUUCUCUCUCAUUCUCUCUCUAUUUCUAUCCUUGUGAAAAUGAUACCAAAAAUAUUUAAAGUAAACCCAUAAAAAUAUUAUUAAAAAUAAAAACUCAGCGAAAUUUUAUUUUUCAAUAAAAAAAAUCUCAUUUGACGCUG